AACGGAUUGGGCUGAGCAGGGAAGACAGGUUAGAGGAGGAGCAGGUAUAUAAGAAGGGAAAUUGUCUGGUGCUAUCACAGUCUCUCUUUCGUCUCCAGUUAUGAAACAUCUGGUGUCACUACUGCUGGCGGUGGCGGUCCCUUGGGUGGCGGGGCGCGCCGCACCAGAUACCCUCGGCCGGCGCCCCGCUGAGUCAUAUGGCCAGGCUCCUACCAUUGGGUAUGACUACUCACCCCCUAUCUACACACCCCCCGUCAACACAUACGCCUCACCGCCCGUCAACACAUACGCCUCACCGCCCGUCGAAACCUAUGGCAAUGUGCACGGGGUGAGGCCGUGUCGGGAGGGCGAGGUGCUGCGUGUGGACGGCGUGUGUGACCAUCCGGAGGUCACCAAGACUGUGUUUGUGUUCGAGGCGCCUCAGAGACCCCGAACCUACCGCCCCCCGCCCCCCAUCCCCAAGCCCAGGAUCCACAACGAGUUGAUCUUCAUCCGCCCGCCUGAGCAGGAGCUUCCUGCGGCCCCAGUGGUGGUGCCAGCACCACAGAAGAAGAGCACCAUCUUCCUUCUGUCCAAGAAGCAGGAACAUGAACAGCAGGUGAUCCAGCUGCCGCCCGAGCCCCACCACACGCCCAACGUGUACUUCGUGCACUACGAGGACGGCGAAAACCCAAUCCUACCUGACGGAACUGACCUGCACAGCGCCCUCGGCCAAGUCGGCCUGAACAUCAACCAACUGGAACAAGGAGGCGAUUACGGAGGCGAUGUCGUUGUUCACGGAGGCGGCGGCGGCAGCGGCUACGGCGUGCCGGAUAUCACCGUGGCUGGAGACGUGGGCGUGGUAGGAGGAGGGUACGGCGGCAAUGAUGCCCAUGAGGUGAUCAUUGAGACCGGCUACGGUGGCAACCCGGACCCCCACCACUACUAGGCGCGGCCGGAGCUGAGGUCACCCUGCCGUCCGGCGCCGUGACUCACGCUCCUUCUGCUGGAUCACUCUGACGCAAGUGGCGCUGAGGAACUUUAUCAUUUGUUCGUUGUUGUUGUUUUGUUAUGUAGGAUUUCUUUGAGUAUCAGUAGCACCCCAUCUCCUCACCCCUUCCCUCCCUACCCUGGAGCACUCCCCUCACUUCCCCUUCGAGUCUCACCAGUUGUUAGAUUUCGUAGGUUACCAAAGUAUUGAUGCCUUAUGAGUAUUUGUGUGUGUGUGUGUGUGUGUGUGUGUGUGUGUGUGUGUGUGUGUGUGUGUGUGUGUGUGUGUGUGUGUGUGUGUGUGUGUGUACGCUCUAGUCUUGUUGUAAUGCCACAAAAUGGUAUCAAUAAAUUCUAUUCACUUAA